AUGUCAGCAGCUCGAUCGCUCGCGACCGGUCGGUUUGCCGCCGCCCGGCUCUUCCCUCGCACCUCGCCCGUGGCCGUGCGAGGCUGCCUCUUCUGCCGUCCAUACUCGUCUUCCGACGCGCCGCCGCCACCGAUGCUGGCCAGGCUCAAGGGCGACCUCAAGGCAGCCAUGAAGGCCAAGGAUGCCGCCCGGCUGGCCGUGUUGCGGUCUGUCCUCGCGGCCACGCUCAACGCCAGCAAGACGGCCCAGCCCAUCAGCACGGAUGCGCAGCUGGUGGCGCUGCUGCGACGGACUGCACGGGCAUCGCAGGACGCCGCGGCCGAAUUUCGCAGCGCCAACCGAGCCGACCUGGCCGACAAGGAGGACGCCCAGAUCGCUAUCCUCGAGUCGUACGCGCGCGAGAGCGGCAUCGAGUCCGUCGGCCCCGAACAGGUCCAGGCGGCCGCAGAAGCCGUGCUGGCCGGACUGCAGGCCGAGCUGGCUGCUGGCACCGGCAAGACGACCACGGCCGCUGGAAAGGGCCUCGCGAGCGAGGUGAUGCGGCGGCUGCUGGCACCGGACGGACCGCUGGACGGAAAGGAUGUCGAUAAGAAGGACGUGGCCGUCACUGUGAAGAGGUUGACAGCACAGGCAUAA